AUGGCAAAGGAAAUUUUGCAUCGAGUCUCUUCCAAUACUUUUGUUCUAGCACCACCGAUUGAUGAUCGAGGGUCUCCAGUUUUCUCUUCUGAAGUGUUGUUAGAGGCCCUUUAUCUUUAUGUUUCGGUACCUUUCCAAACGACACAUAACCUCAUUGUCAACGUGUGUAUUGUUCCCUUCAGUAUCCCGAGCCACCGCAGCCAGAUAUUUUACCAUGCAGAAGCCUUUUACGCACAAUGCUGUCAAGAACUUGCUAUGGAAGAUUUCAUGGCGACGAUUAUUACUACGGCACAGAAAAGCUAUAGCCUACACAUGCCCUAUCAUCCAUGGAACUUCAACGUAGGCGAUGUCCAGAUCGAUGACUUGAUCUUCUCUUCACAACAAGACUCAUGUUUGGAUAAGGAUGCGGAACGUGCGUUAGGAUCUCCGUUAGGCGAACGAUACGGCAUGUGUGCUACGCGAGAAGCAGACGGAUUUGGCCUAAAGCACAGACUGGAUCCAAGUAGGCAGAUAUGCCCAGUCACCAAAGUUGCCGAGGAAUUUCUAAACAGAUUUCGCAACACGAAGUCUUACGGCAUGAUUGGCGAUCUCCAAAACCCUCUCCUCCAUGUAGAGAUCAAUGCACGAAUGAAGGAAGCGGGCUUUGAAGGGAGUUCACGUAGCCUGAAGACUCUGCGCAACGAAACAGCCUUUAUCAACCAGCUUGUGGCGUCAGUGGAGCAAGCGCAUGGCACAGGUGUCGCAUCGCUAGUAUUUUAUCAUAUUUUUAGCUACUCAAACUACCAUCUUGUUCGUAUCAUGAAUCGUUAUGGUGCCGCUAAGCAGAGACUUGCCAUAAGAACAAUAUGCGAUCAUCUAGAUGUUGGCAGCAUCCAUGGUACUUGUCUUCCUAUCUUGCGAAUCCAAGACCUUCUUAGAGAGAGAAUGCCUGUUCUUCCGUAUGUUGUCUUCCUGGGAAAUAAACGUUUUCUAAUCAUUGGUUGCAGUAAAGAGGUAAUCGACUCGGCAAUUGGGUACUUGGAAGUUGGUGCCACAGUAGCAAUAGAUUGCAGUUUUCCCUGA